CGGCUCCUGGAAGAUAAUACUAGUACUAUCUGAUCUGUUCCUGCCUUUCCUGCAGUGGUAGCGCACACACUUUGGUGAGCUUAGUUCGUUCGUGAUGGAGGACUCGGUGGGCGAGGCGGAGAGGAGGGAGCAGGAGGAGACCAUGGCGCAGGGGAAGAAGCGCGGGCGAGAGGAAGAGCAGGAGGCCGGCGCUGGUCGUGUGGUGGAGGGGAAGGCGGAGGUGGCGGUGGCUGAGGAGGGUGGGUUUCUCAGCAGCAUGGCGUCCAAGAUCGGCGUGGCCAUGUCGGGUGCUACUAACGGCAGCGGCGGCGCUGAGGACACCGGCGAAGGCAAUGGCAACGGCAACGGGAGCGCGCUUGCUGUCUCUGACGGCGACGAGGAGAAGGCGGCCGGCAAUGGCAUCUUCCACAAGCUCCUGUCCAGCUCGUCUCCUUCCCCACCGGUCACAGAGGAAGAGAGAAGGGGAGGGAAAGACGAGGACGAAGGCGGCGAGCAGGCCGGGAUACUAAGCGCCAUGGCUUCCAAGAUUGGCAUGGCCAUGUCCGGCAAUGGGACUCACGGCGGCAGCGGGGAAGAUGUUGAUCACAGUAAAGGUGAGGGUGAGGACAAGGAGGAGAUGGGAGGCGACGAGCCGAACGGCGGUGGGAUCGUUAAGCAGAUCAUGUCCAACCUCCCCACAUCAGACACUCGGGGGCCCGAUGCUGAGGAGGCCUCCCUGCUCAUCUCCAUCAUCGACGACUAGACUAGCAGUAGAUAGAUUUGGCACUUGUUAUUCCUGGGUGUAGUUUUACAUCGCCCAGCGUGCCCCCUUCCUUGAUGCUGAUGUUGUAACACAUGUUUGCACCUUGAUAAGUGUUCUGGCCUGUAACCGCAUUGACUGAGAACUGGUCCUCCUCGCUUAUUAUAGUUGCUACUCCUUGGAA